AUGCAACUUGCAUCUGCAGGGGGUUUGGGUUCGUACAGCGUCGUGGCGCUUCAUUCUGCAGUACAACCGGUUCUAAGCUCGGGUCUCGACCUUCCCGUGUCAACGUACGGGCUGUACGCCGUCGGAAUGAAGAACAGCAACAGCAUUUGGCUCGGAGCGACCUGUCGGGCGUGGAUUCUACUGCACACAACCAACGAGGAAGCGUUGCGUAACCCCCGUGUGCCGCCCUUGUUUUUCCUUGUCGCCUUGCCCGCUCCACUUUCCAUCGGAAGUGCCGUACGCCCCACUGCCCUUUUCCACAGGGCUCCUCGGCUGUCGUUCCGCGGUCGGUGGCUGCAUGGCUGUCGGCACUCCGCCGUGUUGACAACGCCCUCUGAGAUCGCUUCUGCCGCUCCUGGAUCGCUUGGCCUUUCUUUCGCUGUCUCCGCUAAUGUUGCCUACGGCGUCAGCCUCGGCUCCUGGCUCGUCCUCGAAAGGUGGCAGCUCGAAGACUGGAUGGUCCAAGAGGGCGGCCCCAACGCCUGGGACGAGUUUCGCUUCACCCAGAAUCUCGGCACCCGCGCCGCCUCGGUGCUCCAGGACCACCAGAACACUUGGGUCACCGAAGCGGACAUGGACUCGCUCCAGAAUGCAGGCGUAAACCUCAUCCGCAUCCCUAUCCCCUUCUGGGCCUUCAUCCCCACCGUCUCGGGCGAGCCCUACGUAACCACCGGCUACGUCGACCAGCUCAACAAGAUGCUCCAGUGGUGCUACAACCGCAACAUGUAUGUCAUGCUCGACCUCCACGCCAUGCCCGGCUCCCAGAACGGCGACCAGUCUUCCGGUCACAACACCACCGACAUCGAGUGGUUUACCCAGGCCAACCAGGCGCGCUCCGACACCUUCCUUAAGAACGUCCUCGACUGGGCCACAACGAGCAACUACAGCUCCAUCAUCAACUCGAUCGGCCCCGUCAACGAGCCUCGCAUUGUCGACGACAACUGGGCGCUCGAUCAGAACCGCUUCCAGAUCGCACAGGCCUACUACGAGCGCUCCUACGCCACGUGCCUCAAGUACAACAUGCCCAUGCUCUUCCACAACGGCUUUGCUCCCGGCACCGUCCAGGACAAGAUGAACCUCUGGAAGCCCUUUGUCACGGGCAAGGACCCCAACAUGCUCAUCUACGAGGACCACCCCUACCCGGGCUGGUUCCAGACGCCCGAGCCCGGCGCCGACGCCAUCCAGACGUCCGUGUGCGAGUACGGCGCGGCGAGCAACUCGUUUGGCGUGCCCAUCGUCAUGGGCGAGUUUUCGGCGAUCAACAACCUCAACUCGACCAGCUAUUCGCGCAGCUACCUCCAGAUGCAGCUUGCCACCUACGGCUGGUCGGCCGGCUCGGUCUUCUGGAACUUCAAGGCCAACAAGUCGCAGACCAAGGUGCUGGCGCUCGCCGACAACCUCAUGGAGCUCUACUCGUUCCUCGACAUGAUGGGCGACAGCUACAUGCCCAACCCGGGCAAGGGCGGCAACGUGCGCAACUUUUACGCCAACCUUCCCAACCCCUGCGGCGGCUUCCAGACGUUUGGCUGGAACAACCCCGUGCAAUAG